CCCAAUUUGGUUGUGAACCAAGGCGCUCGUGAGCCGAGGCACCACUGUACUUGCACAGUUGAGAAAUGAACCUCUGCCCUAUACAACUUCUAACAUUCUCUUUACAUACUCUGUAUAGAUAAUGUUUAAACAUUAUGGUUUCAUUUUUAUGGCUUCAUUUUAAACAACUUGUAACUAUUUGUGUUCUCCGGGAUUCCAAGGUAAAUGCUAAAACCUGUUAUGUUAUAUUAGGUUAUAAUUGAAGUUAUUCAUAUUUAACUAGUUAGUUUCUUUGUUAGAAUUCCAUUAAAUUAAUACUUCAGAUAUUUGGCCAUUAUUAAGUGGCAUUUGCCUGGUCAGUCAGUCAGUCAGUCAGACAGACUAGGCUAUAGGCUAAAAAUGAAUAAGCUGUCUCCUGAUUAGCACUAUGUCAGAUACAGGGUGCCACAGGAAAACGGGAAAUUUUGGAACUAGGAGUCGGCGACCCUGGGGCAUCCACAAUUGUUUGGAACCAGUGUGACCUUGUUUAGAACUGCUUGCCAUUAGUGAUAAUGGAACAGUGGAGUGGUAUGCAACGGGCAUUAGCUGUGAAAGCCUUUUAUAAGAACGGUGAUAGUGUGACCACUGUGCAAAGGGAAUAUUGAUGUCAUUACCAGUUAGGCCGUCAUGAUCGUGUUCUGUCUGCUCAUGCGAUUACAACAUGGGUGCAUAAUUUCAAAGAAAUGGGUUCAGCCUUAAAGAAGUCCCCAGGUGGUGUUUAAACAGCCCACACACCAGAGAAAAUUGAGGCUGUUCAUGCUGCCAUCAUGAGGAGCCCUCGCGCUCCAUUCGACAAACACGUCAUUGCUACGUUUGGGGUGACGAAGUAUACUGCAUGAGUUGAAGUUGCAUCCCUACAAAUUGCAGAUUGUGCAGGAAUUCAGACCCAAUGGCCACAUGUUGUGUCAACAGUUUUGUUGACACAACAGUUUUGUGAACAAUUGCUGGCAUUCCUCUUGACAUAUCAAGCAAUACAGAAUUUCCACAAUGGGCUGUCAGAAUGUGUACAGAGAAAUGGACAACACCUUCAUGAUGUUAUCUUCAAGACAUAAAAUGAAUAUUGAAUGAAUAUUGAUUACCAUCAUUAUCCUGUACAAGCAUAUCCUGUACAAUACAUUUCAUCAUAAAAUGUAUUUUGUAAUGUGUUUAUUCAUGCAUUGAGUGUCAAUUGAAAAUUUCCCAUUUCCCUGUGCCACCCUGUAUUAAGUCAUGAAUAUAUACUAAAACAUCAACUGGUUUACAGGCUUAAGUAUUUGUCACUGAAUGGUAAAUAUACCACAAUAUCACCUUUGUUAACCAAACAUGUGCUUUAAGAUAAGGAAGCUAAUGGUUUAAUUAGCACUAUACAUGGAUUGCAGCUUUAUAACCAAAAACAGCUCCUCACUCCAAAGGGAAAUGCAAGAAAAACAAUAGAAAGAAGGAAAAGCUUGUAAUUGGGGAUGAUGGAGUGAAUGGUUCUAGGUGUCAAACUAUAAUUAUAAUUUGAUAUUAAGAGGUUAAGACAAAGAAUUUGUGGGAAAUAUGUGUUGGGUGGGAAAGGAAAAACUAAGAGUUAACUCUGGCUGUGUUUAAGUCAUGAAUAGACUCUUGGGAGUGUUUGGAACUCCCAAGUGUUCACAUUUUUAGUGUGUUUGUGCAAAGUGGGUAAUUACUGUUGAAACAGUAAUGGCAUCUUUUGCCUCAGGCAUCGUACUGAAAUUAGUAAUAUUUUGACACUGCCAAAUCAGUUUUAGAAUAACAGUGUAAUAGUCUAACCAUGUUUUUAAAAAAUGAAAUGGCUUAAUAUUUUCAUAUUCACAAAUAUAUAUAUACCAUAUACAAAAUGUAACAUCAUAGAUGUUUUUAUUCAGUAAGUAAGAGAUACACUAUUCAAAACAAGAUCCUACAAGAGACAGGAUAGGUAAAGUAACAAUUUUGUAAUGACAGGCAGCAUUCUGAGUAACAUAUUCUGCAUGAAGAGGUGCUGUAUAUUAAUGAAUGCAUCUUGGAUGCUCUGAAAAGUCAUUUUUUCAUAAUUUUCCCAUUUUCUUCUGUAUGAUGCUCAUACUGUAGGUUAGACUGAUCCUUAGCAGGUACCUCUCUUCUAACAGUUGGGAGAUCAUCUCUAUGUAAAGUCUCUCCUUCAGAUUCUAAUAAAAAUAUCCAGCUGUAUGUUUUCUAUUCUCAAAUAUUCUUUAGAAAUUUCUAAUGCUGGGACAGAACCAGCACAUGUAGACAGGAGAUCCUGUUCUCCAUAUGCACUCUGGUGGCUUCUAGAAGCCAAAGGGAAGAUCUCCAGCUCUUAAACACUUCCAUUAAGACAUGGUCUUUAAACAAUUCUUAAACUCUGGCAUGUGACUAGUUUCAUUUGCCUUAGUGAGAAUUUGGCUCUCCAUUUAUGUUUGCCAAUUUCUCCGCUUAUAUCCAUUUGCUAGCAAGUUUUGCCAACCAACAUUUAUUUCUGACCAUAGACUCUCCUGCAAAGUCUUAAUCUCUUAUUGUAACAACAAAAAGGUUUUUCAGUUGUUGCAAUACUUUACUGUGUAAUCAUAACAGGUCUCAGUUCAAAGUUCUAAUGAUUUCAUGCUCUAUUGCUUCAGGAUUUAUCUUCACAUGUGAAAGUGAAACCAAUUGUAGAACUUGGAAGGGAGUGUCCUUUGAAUUAGCACUUGGAAAAGUGGGAGAUGACUUUUUGCUGCGAUAAUUUUAGCAACUCUUUCUUCCCUUCCCUUACAUUUUCUACACUGUUUAGGGGACACUAGAUUAAAUAUGAGUAAUGUAGGGAAAUGUUAAACAUUCUGAAAAUAUCAAUUUUUUUCUCGGUUCUAUUCCUUUAUCAUUGUUUUUUUUUAAGUACAAUCAGUUGAAAAGUAAAAGCAACCCAGUUUAUAUGGAGUUCUGUUGUUGCUGUUGUCUUGCUUAUUUCUCUUCAAAUCAAUUUCUGCCUGCAUACUAUACCUUCUUAUUUAGUAUUCUGUGGUGCUUUUUAUUUAUUUUUUUUAGCAUUCUCUGAUAUCUCCUUUUUCUUUGUAGGUUUACAUCGAUAUCAUAAUAAGCCUGGGCAGUCGCAGCUUGUGUGGAAACCAGGCUAUGCAGUGAAUCCAUCUGCUGGGCAGCCCAACUCUGUCAGGAGACUUGUCUGGUGUUUCUCAGCUUGAAGAAGAUCUACAGUCAUUAUUGAUUCCUUUUCUUGGCGUUACCUUUUUGAAGUGAAGUUUACCUAGCUUUCUAGAGUGAGCUUUCUUUUCAGACAUCUCUAACGUUUGAUCCAUAAUAGACAAGCUAUAGUACAGCAAUGUCCAAGUCAUUCCACCAGUCAUCUCUAAGUAGGGAUUCCCAAGGUCAUGGACGUGACCUGUCUGCAGGAAUAGGCCUUCUUGCUGCUGCUACCCAGUCUUUAAAUGUGCCAGCAUCUCUUGGAAGGAUGAACCAGGGUACUGCGCGCCUUGCUAGCUUAAUGAAUCUUGGAAUGAGUUCUUCAUUGAAUCAACAAGGAUCUCAUAGUGCACUGUCUUCUGCUAGUGCAUCUUCCCAUGCCUUACAGUCUAUAUUUAACAUUGGAAAUAGAGGCACACUCUCUCUGUCUUCUCAGCACCGUGGAGAUGCAGAGCAGGCCACUAACAUUCUGGCCAGCUUUGGUCUGUCUGCUAGAGACUUAGAUGAACUGAGUCGUUAUCCUGAGGACAAGAUCACUCCUGAAAACUUGCCUCAAAUACUUCUGCAGCUUAAGAGGAGGAGAGCUGAAGAAGGCCCUUCACUGAGUUAUGCUAGAGAUGGCAGAUCAGCUGCACGGGAGCCACCAUACAGAGUUCCUAGGGAUGAUUGGGAAGAGAAAAGGCAUUUUAGAAGAGAUAGCUUUGAUGAUCGUGGUUCUAGUCUCAACCGAGUGGUUGACUAUGAUCAUGGAAGUCGUUCUCAAGAAUCUGUUUAUGACAGAAUGGAUUAUGAAGAUGACAGAUUAAGAGAUGGAGAGAGGUGUAGGGAUGACUCUUAUUAUGGUGAAACUUCGCAUAAGUAUCGUAAAUUUGACAGUGAGUAUGAGAGAAUGGGUCGUGGCCCUGAGAGAUCUCUCUUUGAGAAAAAAAGAGGUGCUCCUCCAGAUAGCAAUAUUGAAGACUUCCAUGGACUCUUACCGAAAGGCUAUCCCCACCUGUGCUCUAUCUGUGAUAUGCCUGUUCAUUCUAAUAAGGAGUGGAACCAGCAUAUAAAUGGAGCAACUCAUAGUCGACGCUGUCAACUACUCCUCGAAAUCUAUCCUGAAUGGAACCCCGAGAGUGAUUCUGGACAUGGAAUGUAAGUUAAAAAAAAAUGUUGCAAAAGAAGAAAAUGAAUUGGCAGCAUGUGAGAAUAUUGAUGUUACAACCUAGGAAAAUUGGGGGCUUACCAAAGUCCUUUAUGUUUUCUGAAAAAUUAAAAUAAUUUUUCAGUUAUGCAGUCUUUUCUUCUAGAAUGAUGAAUAAAAUAUUUCAUUUUACUUAAGAGAUAUACAUUUGGCUUCAUUUUUGGAUUUGUUCUUGUUAGAUGCUGUAACAUUAAAUGACUUGGUUUGCAUAUCACACCUAAUUCCUGGUUCAUUUAGAUGAGCGCAUGUUACCUCAUUAUGCCACUUUAUUUUCAACCACUUUCUUACUUUAGGAAUCAGUUGCGCACAACAGACAAUAAACCAUGUUUUCAUUACUGAUGCAGGGACAUCAUGUUUCUCUGGAUUCUGUGCAAAACCCUUUUCUAAAUCUUUCUGUGUACUAAGCCAAACUUUCACCUGUC